UGCGCGGCCGUCGGGACACUAGUGGCCAGCGCCCGAGCGGAGCGCAGACGCACGCGCGCGCGCCAUGAGGGAGAUCGUGCACAUCCAGGCCGGCCAGUGCGGGAACCAGAUCGGCACCAAGUUUUGGGAAGUGAUCAGCGAGGAGCAUGGCAUAGACCCGGCCGGAGGCUACGUGGGCGACUCGGCGCUGCAGCUGGAGAGGAUCAGCGUCUACUACAAUGAGUCAUCCUCUCAGAAAUAUGUGCCUAGGGCUGCCCUGGUGGACUUGGAGCCGGGCACCAUGGACAGUGUGAGGUCUGGGCCUUUUGGGCAGCUCUUCCGACCUGACAACUUCAUAUUCGGACAGACGGGCGCCGGGAACAACUGGGCCAAGGGCCACUACACGGAGGGCGCGGAGCUGGUGGACUCGGUGCUGGACGUGGUGCGCAAGGAGUGCGAACACUGCGACUGCCUGCAGGGCUUCCAGCUGACGCACUCGCUGGGCGGCGGCACGGGCUCGGGCAUGGGCACGCUGCUCAUCAGCAAGAUCCGCGAGGAGUACCCGGACCGCAUCAUGAACACGUUCAGCGUCAUGCCGUCGCCCAAGGUCUCGGACACGGUGGUGGAGCCCUACAACGCCACGCUGUCCGUGCACCAGCUGGUGGAGAACACGGACGAGACGUACUGCAUCGACAACGAGGCGCUCUACGACAUCUGCUUCCGCACGCUCAAGCUGACCACGCCCACCUACGGGGACCUCAACCACCUGGUGUCGGCCACCAUGAGCGGGGUGACCACGUCGCUGCGCUUCCCGGGCCAGCUCAACGCCGACCUGCGCAAGCUGGCCGUGAACAUGGUGCCCUUCCCGCGCCUGCACUUCUUCAUGCCCGGCUUCGCGCCGCUGACCGCCAGGGGCAGCCAGCAGUACCGGGCGCUGACCGUGCCCGAGCUCACGCAGCAGAUGUUCGACGCCAAGAACAUGAUGGCCGCGUGCGACCCGCGCCACGGCCGCUACCUGACCGUGGCCACCGUCUUCCGGGGCCCCAUGUCCAUGAAGGAGGUGGACGAGCAGAUGCUGGCCAUCCAGAACAAGAACAGCAGCUACUUCGUCGAGUGGAUCCCCAACAACGUCAAGGUGGCCGUGUGCGACAUCCCGCCCCGGGGCCUGAAGAUGGCCUCCACCUUCAUCGGCAACAGCACGGCCAUCCAGGAGCUGUUCAAGCGCAUCUCCGAGCAGUUCUCAGCCAUGUUCCGCCGCAAGGCCUUCCUGCACUGGUUCACGGGCGAGGGCAUGGAUGAGAUGGAGUUCACCGAGGCCGAGAGCAACAUGAACGACCUGGUGUCUGAGUACCAGCAGUACCAGGACGCCACUGCCAACGAUGGGGAAGAGGCUUUUGAAGACGAGGACGAAGAGGAGAUCGAGUAGAGAGAGGCCCUCUAUUUCGAAAUGCACCUUUAGCCCCGAUGGCAGCGGAACGGUGGUCGUGAUUUUAAACGUGUCACAGACACCCUCGUGGGCCAAACAUGUUGAGCUUUUUGUUCCACAUACCACCAGGAAUAGAGUGCUUUUCCUUAGUGUUGAAUCCGCAGUCCUAACCAAGCAGACCAGACCACACACCAGGGAGAAUCGUUCUGGAGGCUUUGAAAGCAAUAGGAGGGAGGGGCAUCAGGGCUAAAGAGAGAAACCUCACCUUCCACUAAGUAAGUCUGUUAGCUGGAGGGUUACAACGGAGAGCUUUUCAUCCUUGGUGAUGAAAACCGAAGCCAUGCGGGGUUGCCUUAAUUGAAUAUGCAAUAUGGAACUUUGUGACAAUCUAUUCAUAAUAAAAUGUUCAACUUGCUCAUCA